CACGUGUCCGUCACGUGACACAGCUGUCGUUCGGGCCCAGGCAAUGUACAGAAUCAGGCUGCAGGCAGAGGAAGCAGCAGCGGCAGCAGCAACAGCAGCGGCAGGAGUAGUACAGGUCCGAGCAGACAUCCAUGGGAUCCCCGAAGCGGGUUGAAAAGGCAGGCUGGCUGACGUGAUGACGCUACCGGGCGGAGCGGCUCUCCUGCGGGCUGACAGCUGAUGGAGAGGAGUCCCUGCUCCUCCUCUCACUCACUCUGCCGGGGUUGUAUGAGGAGGACACGAAACCAAGCAAUGGCACACUGAACUGGACGGAAACGGUACUCGUCUCAACUGGAAGCACUGGGACUUGUUGAAUGGGAUGGAAGCAUUGCACGUUGAAGAUUUUUCAAGAUAAAGGUCUUUUUUUGUGGAUAUCUGACAUGAGGAAUCUUCCACAGUGGAUUUCUAAAUAAUUUUAUGAUACUCCCAUCCGUUGCCUUGUCAUUGAAACAGCGUCAAUAAGGUGAUCACACGCAUCAAAAUGACCUGAAUGAGUGCCUUUUGUUGUGUAUACAGCACGAUAUCUUUAAAUCCAGCAGUACUAAAUUUAACGGCUUGUGCUUUUGGAGAAGUUUUCACCGGUCACCGCCACCCCAAAAGAAAAGCGCAAGUACUAUGCACUGUCUCACAUCUUACACCGAACCAUUAACCUCAGCAGUGGAGAGGCACUCAUAACAAUACCGACCCCUCGGAAGAGCCCCGACCCUCCUCUGGGUAUUUCUUUUAUCCACGGGAGGGUGUAGAGAUCCGCAGAGAUGUUCGCUGCCGUGGAGCAUGGCCCGGUACUUUGCAGCGACUCCAACAUCCUGUGCUUGUCUUGGAAGGGCCGGGUGCCCAAGAGUGAGAAGGAGAAGCCGGUGUGCAGGAAGCGCUACUAUGAAGAGGGCUGGCUCGCUACCGGGAACGGCCGAGGAGUCGUCGGGGUUACCUUCACGUCCAGCCACUGCAGACGGGACCGGCCCACCCCGCAGAGAGUGAACUUCAACCUCCGAGGGCACAACAGCGAGGUGGUCCUGGUGAGGUGGAAUGAGCCCUUUCAGAAACUGGCCACCUGUGAUACCGAUGGAGGGAUCUUUGUUUGGAUCCAGUAUGAGGGUCGCUGGUCCGUGGAGCUGGUCAACGACCGUGGAGCGCAGGUGAGUGACUUCACCUGGUCCCACGAUGGCACCCAGGCCCUCAUCUCUUAUCGUGAUGGUUUUGUCCUGGUGGGAUCAGUCAGCGGGCAGAGACACUGGUCCUCUGAGAUCAACCUGGAAAGCCAGAUUACCUGUGGCAUCUGGACCCCCGAUGACCAGCAGGUGUUGUUUGGUACUGCAGAUGGACAGGUGAUAGUGAUGGACUGCCAUGGGCGCAUGCUGGCCCACAUUCUGCUGCAUGAGUCUGAUGGCAUCGUCAGCAUGUCCUGGAACUAUCCCAGUUUCCUCGUGGAGGACAGCAGUGAGAGCGACACAGACUCCGACGACUACUCCCCGCCACAAGUGCACAGCCAGAAACCACUGCUGACAGUCAGUUUCACCUCUGGAGACAUCAGCCUGAUGAACAACUACGAUGACCUCUCUCCCACCCUCAUCCGUACUGGUCUGAAAGAUGUGGUGGUCCAGUGGUGCUCACAGGGGGACCUCCUUGCAGUGGCAGGAAUGGAGAGGACCAUCCUCUCUCCUGACAACUCCUGUCCUCCCACCACCAGGAAUGCCAUUGUCAAGUUCUUCAACGUUCGGGGCGAACACAUCUACACACUGGACACACCAGCACAGCGCCCCAUCACUACGCUGUGCUGGGGUCACCGAGACUCCCGUCUGUUCUUGGCCUGCGGCCCGGCGCUCUACGUUGUGCGAGUGGAGCACCGCGUUGCCAGCCUGCAGCUGCUCUGCCAGCAGGGCAUCGCCACAGCAGUGAAGGAGGAAAAAGAUGUUGCCAAGCUCACCAUGCCAUCCCGCCUCUGUUCUUACGUCACUGCUGCUUUCGUCCCCACCAUCAAGCCUCCCAUCCCAGAUCCCAACAACAUGCGUGAUUUUGUGAGCUACCCAACAGCUGGAAAUGAGCGUCUGCACUGUACCAUGAAACGUACAGAGGACAACCCUGAGGUUGGGGGUCCUUGCUACACCCUGUACUUGGAGUACCUAGGAGGUCUGGUGCCCAUCCUCAAGGGCCGACGAAUAAGUAAACUGCGUCCAGAGUUUGUUAUUAUGGACCCCAAGACAGAUGGGAAAACAGAUGAGAUCUAUGGCAACAGUCUCAUAUCUGCCAUGAUCGACAGCUGUAACUGCUCAGACUCCAGCGACAUUGAGCUGAGUGAUGACUGGGUUGGCAAGAAAUCCCCAAAGAUAUCCAGGGGCAGCAAAUCCCCCAAACUGCCCAGAGACUUAGUUUGUCCCUUUACCAACAGGAUCAACAUUGAUCCCAGAAAAUCACCCAAACUCUCCCGGGCUACACAAGAGAUUUCCAGGUCACCAAGGUUACCUAUACGGAAACCCUCAAUCGGGUCACCGAGUCUAACAAGGAGGGAAUUUCCUCUAGAUGAUAUCACUCAGCAAAAUUACCUUGCUCAGGUCACAUCCAAUAUUUGGGGAACAAAGUUCAAGAUUGUGGGGCUGGCCACAUUCUUGCCAACCAAUCUUGGUGCAGUCAUUUAUAAGACAAGCCUGCUCCAUCUGCAGCCCAGACAGAUGACCAUCUACCUGCCAGAGGUGCGCAAGAUCUCCAUGGACUACAUCAACCUACCUGUCUUCAGCCCCAACGUCUUCAGUGAAGACGAAGAUGACCUGCCUGUCACAGGCCCUGCUGGUAGUGCUGACGACAACCCGCCCUGCACUGUCAACAUCCCUAUUGCCCCCAUCCAUAGUCCUGCCCAGGCCAUGUCCCCCGCCCAAAGCAUUGGUCUGGUCCAGUCACUCCUAGCCAAUCAAAAUGUUCAGCUGGAUGUGCUAACGAAUUCCACGGCAAACCCUGCUGGGGCUGCAGCCAGUGGGUCAGACCAAAGUCAGGACACCAUCCUGACAGCCCAGUACACGGUUCCCACUAGGUAUUCCAGUCCUGGUCAGGUCAUCUUUGGGGGGCUAGAAGUGGGUCGCCUAAUGGUCGGACCUCCACCUUCUCAUCAUUCAUCACAACAGCAGCAACAACAACCAAGUCACCAUCAACCACAACAGCAGCACCACCAACAAAUUUCACACCACCAACAACAGCUUCAGCAACAGCAGCAGCAACUGCAGCAGCAGCAGCAACAGAUGCUCCAACACCAACAUUUACAACAGCAACAGCAGCUUCAGCAACAGCACAUUCAGCAGCAGCUUCAACACAUACAGCAGCAGCAGCAACAGCAUCAACAUCAGCUCCAACAGCACAUACAGCAACAGCAACAAAUUCAGCAGCACCUGCAGCUGCAAAUCCACCAUCAGCAACAACAGCAGCAGCAUCAGAUGCAACAACAGCAGCACCACCAUCAACUUCAGCAGCAGCUUCAAAUUCAAAUUCCUGUUCCCUCUAUGUCAUCAGGACAUCCUUCAGCUGCAGCUGUGCACCAGGUUCAACCAGGAACGCUGCAGAUUCAGAUUCCUAAUCCACCUGCUGAUUUAGUGGUUGAAAGAGCAGUGGGGGGUGAACAUGAACACCUACUGAAAAUCAAAACCACUCGAUCAACUCCACAGUUGGCUGAGGGUGAUACAGUAGUGUUCAGUGCUCCUCUAGAGCUCAGCAAGAUGAACCCCCCACCUCCCUACCCUGGGACAGUUGCUGCCGCUGUGGCUGCUGCUGCAGCUGCCUCAGCAUCAGCCUCAACUGUAGCCUCUGGUGCUGCAUCUGGAACAGGAGGGGGCACCAGUGGGACUCCUCCCCCUGGUGACCUUUGUAUGAAGAAGGGAGAGUUCCCACUUUAUCCUUCAGGUCAGCAACAAGCGCAGUACCCCACACCACUGGGAUACGAGAGGAUAACGACAUUUGACAGCAGUGGAAAUGUGGAGGAAGUAUGUCGUCCUCGAACACGCCUUGUGUGCAAUCAGAAUGUCUACACGCUCCAGGGACCUGGCAGCUCUGCCACUCUCAGGGUCACCUCCUCAUCGUCCUCCUCAGCUGACAAAAAGAUCCAGCUGCCCUACACCUCUGCCACUCUUAACAGACUUACUGCACCUCGCUAUUCUAUACCCAGUGGAGACCCACCACCAUACCCUGACCCAGCCAAUCAGAACAAUUCUGUUGGCAGGAACCCUGGACAAAGGCUCGACAGCAGCCUGAUCCAUGCCACUCUCAGGAGGAAUAGCCGAGAGGCCGCUCUUAAAGUUUCCCAGAUGCUGGAACCACCCAGACCACUGCCUCCUAAGGCUAAAAAUACUAGUGCACUAGCAGCGUCAUUCCAGCAGAGGGUGCCAACCGCCUUAUAUACCUGCAGUCAGUGUAGCAGUGGGUCCAGUGUUGGAAGCACUGCCCCAGGGAGUGCAAAUGGAAUAGCAGGAGGAACUAUUAUCAGACAGGAUUUCCCUCCAGGGAAUGGGGCACCACACAGCACAGUUAUCGUUCAUUCCAACAGCGCUACUCCUCUGGCCUCCCAGUCUUCUUACAACCUGCUGAGCUCUCUUGAAGGAUCUGGGACUGCAACAGGAGGAGGAAGUAACAGAGACAGGGCUGAUUAUGUUAAUUCAGCAUUUACUGAAGAUGAAACACUCAACCAGUCACUGAGACAUCUGGCACUAGGAGGAAAUGAUGCAUCAGGGCUGCUUGUCAAACGCCCACCUCCCUAUCAGUGGGACCCAGCUGCCACAGAGGAGGUGUGGGUUCCUCAGGAACGGACAGCAACGCUGAAUCCUAAUGCCCCCUCUGCACCCCACAAACCACCGCCACUUAUUCUUAGCCCAGCUCAACACCUGGAUGUGUCUAGACUGCCUUUUGUCCUUUCUCCAAAGUCCCCCACUAGCCCCAGUGCUGCAUCGUUUCAAGCUGCUGCAGCAGCUGCAGGCUACCAAAUCUCUCUCCAGUAUCCUCCAGCAACUGCCUAUUCUGGAGCCCAGCUCCAACCCAUCCCAGGGUCCCCACGUCCCUGCUCCUCUCCAAAGGAGGUGGUGGCACCUGUACCCUUCUCACAGCAGGAUACAGCCCUUGUCUUACCACCAGGUUACCCUGCAAAUCUGGCAAACCUAGCCUGCUGCCCUCUCCCACCCAUGUAUCCAGGAGGAAGUGCUUGUGCUGGGCUUCCCAUUCCUCCCAUUGCUCUUCACACUCCUUGGGGUACAUAUAACUCUUGUCCACCUAUGCCCAGUCCAGCAGUGCCACUACCACCCAAAGCCUCCCAUAUGGCAAUAGACAAAAAUGUUCUCUCGCCUCCUCCUCCUCCUCCACCACCACCCCCUCCACCACCACCAGCAGAGCUGCAGAGCCAUGGAGUAUUACAGGAAGCCGUGGCAGAGGCUGGGGAAGGUUUUCAGGAGGUGCUCUCCUUGACUGAGAGCCCCGUGCCACAAAGAUCUGAGAAGUUCAGCAAGAAGAACCGCAAACGUGUGGAUGGGCGUGCCGAGGAGGCUAAUGUGCCACCGUUGGCUGAAGGAAACAAGUUGAAAAAAGAGGGCAGAGCUUUGGGCGAUUUCAACUCACUCAUCUCAAGUCCACGGCUGGGAGGAAGGGACAAGAAAAAGCUGAAGGGACAGAAGGAGCAGCAGUUGAAGGCCAAGAAGCUGAGUAAGGCUACUGCCAAUAGUGAGUUCCAAGACAGUUCAGAAAGUGAGCCAGAGCUGUUCAUCAGUGGGGAUGAGCUGCUCAAUCAGUGCCAGAGCGGUAAGAAGGGCUGGAAGAGUAAGAGGAACCUGAGGGCUGCAAGUGAACUGGAUGAGAUCAAGUGUCGAAAGGCCAAUGAGAAGGAGGACCGAGGGCUGGGCAGCCAGGGGUUUGUGUAUGUCAUGGCCAACAAGCAGCCACUGUGGAAUGAAGCCACACAGGUCUACCAGCUGGAUUUUGGUGGGCGUGUCACACAGGAGUCUGCCAAGAACUUUCAAAUUGAACUGGAAGGCAGACAGGUGAUGCAGUUUGGCAGGAUUGAUGGCAAUGCCUACAUCCUGGACUUCCAGUAUCCCUUCUCUGCUGUGCAGGCUUUUGCUGUGGCUUUAGCCAAUGUUACUCAACGCCUCAAAUGAGAUGCCCCCUCCCUACUUACCCCGAGUUAUAUCUGGGAUUUAAAUGCAGUCUGUUGAAGGGGCACAGUUGUUUCAUUUGAGAUUAAUAAACUUUGGUUUUGGAGAGAAGACUAAAAUCAGCCUUGGUCAUAGAGAGGGAGAUACAAUCACGCUGCACUGCACAAUGCUGCCACUAGAGUUGGUGCAAUAAGCAUUAGCUGCAUUUGCCAAGGAUGCGCCCAGAUUCGCCAUGUUCGGGCAGUCACUGGCACCUUGCAAUGCAUGUAGGGCCAAAGAGCUGAGCUUUGGUAAUCAUCAUGCAAAUAAAUGCUGCUUUAGCUAGAAGAAGCUUACAGACAUGAUUUGGUUAACUGAGGAGAGGAAUUGUCAAGGUGCAGUUUUCAAAAGAAGCAGCAGUAAUACUUGAAAACCACACUCUGGAGAUCAAAGUUGUUGUUUUUUUUCCCCAGAGCGCACAGGUACUACUGGGCACUGAAAUCCAUUGCUGUACAAAACUUCAGUGAAACAGUUACCACUUUAUUAUACUGCUUUUGCUUUUAGGGUUUUCUUAAAUGACUAAACACGGCGGAGGGCAGGAGGGUCUGUUUGUUUUUGCUCUCUGCCAUUUCAUUUUGUUACUAUCUCAAUCUGUCUGGCUGGAAUUGAGGCUUAGAUAUAUGCAUCACUUUGGAGCACUACAGAGAGGUCACAGUUUCCACUGUUGUAUAAGGUGUCUCAUUGUCAAAAAUCUGGGAUUGUCAUGGAGUAAUUAUCAAUGGGGUGAACUGCAGUCUUUUCCCACACGGUUUCCUGGGACUUUGAAGGAAGAAAAAAAAAUCUUAACUCUGUUACAUGGAUUAAUUUAUAUGUAAAUUUUGUUGUUUAUCUAUUCGGAUAUGAAUUUUAACAUUAUUGUCAUUGUUUGUGAUAUACAAUCGUCAUACCCUGUCAACAUGGUUUUCAGCUUACCUGAUUCAUUUGGGAGACUGGUGGCUGAAUUUGAAUAUUGCUGUGUACUUUAGAGUAAUCCAGGUGGGAGGGGUGUACAGAAUAGCUUUGACCUGUACUUGGUGAAUUAUCUACACAUGGUGACAUGGGCGCAAAAAGAGGUUGCCCAGACCUGGAUUGAACAACUCUGACAUGAAGUGAUUUGUCACCUCCUGUCGCUUCUGUGAAGUGAGUGUGUCGUUUUGGCAGCCGGGGGGCGUGUCCCUGCUCUUAAACACAACACUAGAUGUGUAAGCAAGGUACAGGAAAUAUUUUUGUAUAUUUCACCUAUGCCAUUUCAUACUCUCUUCAGAAGACAUGUAAAUACAUAUCAGUCAUAUGUAAAUGUUGCAAAGAGACUCGGGUGACUUUGACAGAUGUCUGUUUACACCUGUCUCCACUGUGUUUUAAAGUGUAAUUUCAGGUGUGGAGAAAAGCUGUAGUACUGUUAAACUCAACAGCUACAACCACAAAAAAGUUAACAGUUAAAACUGAAACUAGUCGCUGAAUCUUUGAAGUCAGAACUCCAAUGAAGGAUGAAGCUAAUGAAACGUUUUCAUUUAGUAAGCUGACACUGAAAUCUGAAAAGCUGUUGUUGUUUUUCUUUUUUUCUUUCUUUCUUUCAGGCAGCCAAGCUUGUGUUCAUAUUGACCUAAGGACACGGAGCAAGGAUAACUGAUAGGAGCAGGAAUUAAUUAUUAGGCACAUUGAAAAUGUCUGCAUUAGGUUUUAUUCAUAUAAAAUAAUAGCCAGAGUCAGUAAAAAAGGGGAGUAAUCUUUAGGCUUAAUAAUUUUAGGUGUGUGAUUAGGCUUGUCUCUAACAUUUGUGCCAAAAUAUGCAUUUGCUAAAAUUUAGAGUUGGAAAAAAUGGGCACAGAGGGAAGUGUAACUCUGUUCUUGAUUUUUUUU